GAUCAACAGUCUCGAAGACUCAGACAAUCAGAACCAACUUCUCGAAGUUCUUACCAAAACUAUUCUUAUCGAAAUUAUCAUAAUUAAUCUUGCUCUCGAAGUAGAGAUAAUUACAGAAACAGAG